UCUGGGGAAUUGUGACUUCAGAGAACAAAGGUUCAUAAAGAGAUGUAUGUUUGGGUCUGAGUCCAUUAAAGAACAGUGGGAGGUUUUGCUUUAUUCUUUAAACUUGUCUUUUUAUGCGGGUUUCAGAUUUUUAAGCUACAGUAAUACAGAAUAAGGCAACAUUUUGGAGACUGAGGUAAGCCGAGUUUUCUUACUUUUUCAGCAAUAAUCUACAGUUGAAAAGGUCAAAUUAAGUCAUUUCCCUCAUCAUGCUCCCACUGUUUGGUGCUGUAUUUUUGCAGAUAUCUUUACAGUGCGGCUUGUGUAAUAAAGGAGAUCACGUUUUUCCCCCCUCUUUUUGCAAGAGAGAGAGGGUCUGUGACGCGGGGCGGCUCUUCUCCUUUCUCUUCCUCCCUGUCCUCCCACCAGUGCUCCCUGCUUUUGCCUCUAAGUCCAUCACUAGUUGGAUGUUUAUUUUAUUUCAAUGUUUUCAGCAUUUGUUUUUAUGUUUCCUUUGGUCUAUUUCUUUACAUCUGUAUCUUUGGAUUCCCGUGAAGAUCAGAAGGUGAACCCGUAGCUUUAAAGGCUACAUAUGCGUAAAAAGGCGCUUGUCCCGGAGUGUCUCCGUUCUCUGACCCGUCUGGUUGUGCACCUCCGGUCCUGGAUGUCUCCACACUGGUCGGGGUGAACUGCUGUGUGUUGGUCCCUCGGACUGUAGGGGUUUGCGUUUGUUUUGCAGCGGCGGAGUGCGCGCCGGACUCCGGCUCAUUCUUGGAGAAGUUCCGCCGCAGUCCCAUGCCCAGCGCUCCUCUGCGGCUGAGAUAAGGAUGCUGGCGGCUUUUCUCGGUCUGGAUCCACUGGGUCGCUUCGAGAUGCGCUGUCCGAGCAUCUGAACCAGAUAUGUUCAUAGAGAAUUUCCUUUGACUGAAGUUCAAAUCAAAUAAUUUCCAAACACUCCCCUGAUGUGUUAAGCUACUUUGCUGAACAGUUUGAUGGAGAGUUGGUCGGAUGACAGCUGGAACUGUUGUCAUAACUGGAGGAAUACUGGCCACAGUGAUACUUCUGUGUAUCAUAGCCGUGCUCUGCUACUGUAGACUCCAGUACUACUGCUGUAAGAAGAAUGGGUCUGACAGUGGCUCCCUCUCUCAGCAACACUUUGCUUGCAACGCCUGCAGCAUUACUGGCCUGGACGGACCAAUCAUCACCCCUCUGUCACUGUCUCCACCAGAGCCGGCCAAAUCCUUUAACCCCACCAAACCUACCGUGGGGCAACACCGCUACUGUCCCACCUGCUCACCCUACGACUCGCCCUUCUACAUCCGUACCACAGACGAGAUACGCAACGGUGGAGAGCGCGUCACCUACAUGCCAACACACUAUGAGAACCAGGCGCUGGUGAUGCCGCUGCCCGCUGUCCGAGGCUCCCUGCUGAGGGACAGCCAGCGCGGUCGCCCUCCUGAUUUCUACACCAACACUCGAGCCAUCAGCACUGAGGUGUGACCACCUCUACACGUCAGUGCCACUGAAAAGACACAACCACUAUUGUAGAUUUUGGCUUCCACUGCAGAUGCCAGUGAGUUUGUGGAGGCGACACAUUUAGGGUCAAUCUGGGUUGUAAUGGAAAUAACUGAGGAUUGCUCUGACAAUCCGAAGCUGGAGAUGAAAAAUAAGUUCCUCCUUAUUUUCAAAAAAGAACCGGUCCUCUAAAUGUUCAAACAUGUACCCAGUGGAAGGGUACGCCUGCUGACUGUUAAUGGAUCGCUUUCCACUGAGGAGUAGCUAGGUCCAUGUACGACUUUCUUGUGCUACGUAUCUUCUUCCAAACGUUACUGUGAUGAGAUGUAUGGAUAAGUUUAAACCAGACUGAAACAUUUACCUUUUUUAAGUAGCUGACAAACAGAAAAGUUUGUGGAUUUAUGCAAGCAUGAGGUGUGGCAGUGUGCAGCAGAGGACACCUGGAUUUGAAUCCUCUAUGCAAGGUCUUCAGUCAGCAUCAUAACUUUUCAUUUCCAGGCGUCUCAGCAGUUUUUAUGGUGAACAGGAUAUUUGGGAUAUGUUGUUGACAACUUGUAAGAUGUAAUGAUUCUAUACAUGUAGAUAGACAUGAAAAAGCUUUUGAUAGCACCAUAUUAUGCAACCUGUACUAAAGGGCCACUUUCUUGGUAAUUACUUGUUAGUUUCCUGGAAAAUAAAGGUUUUCUUUGGAACUUACUGCUUACUAUCCCAGAUCCUAUAGCAAGUGGAGAAGUUAGAGGUUCCUUUCCUGAAAUAUUCAGGAAGCUAAUUCUACUUAUUAGGUACUUUUCUGCAACCUACUAUGUACAAAUUAUUCUCAUAAGAGUACUUUUUCAGUUCUUGGAGGACAUUUCCUAAAUGAUUUGGAACAGUACCUGCUCAGUUUAAGUUUAGGAAACUUCCAGGAAAACACCUUAUCUAUUCAGAAAACUUACCGCUAAGUUCCAGGAACAUAACUAGUAUGUCCUGGGAAAGCAAACUGCAAAACCCAACAAAGUAACCAGCAAGUUCCAAAAACAUUCGUCAAAAGGGAUCUAGUAAGUUCCUGAAUGUGAAUGGUGAAGUUAAAGAAAGGACCUGAUAGACUCUGGGAAAGUAACAGGUAAGUUCUGGAAAUUACCAAGUAAGUACCUGGUACGUUAUGGGAAACUUUCAUGCAAAUUACCUUGUAAUUUCCCAAAAGGUUUAUGUGAAAGUAACUGAAAAACAUCAAGAAGGUUCCAGUAAGUAUCAGGUAUGUUUGUCGGAAAGUUCCCAAGACUAACUCCUAAGUUUGAGUACAGAAAGGGCUGCAGUGUGUAAUGUUACCAACUCUUUUAAAAAGAAAACUGAAACAUGGCGUUUCAAUUCUUUCUUAACAUGUAACUAAACAUGGCAGAGCCUGAGCCCUCAAUCUGCUUAAAAUUAACCCAGUGACUUUCUCUUGUCUGAAAAAGAUGCAAAAAAGUUAUGUAAAUAUUUACCUAAAAGCAAUCUCUUGAUCCCACCGUGUGAAAGAUGGUGAUGCAAGCAGGAAUCUGAACGUUAGGAAUAAGGGGGUUUGAUUUACUGGUUUAUGGGAUUUCUUCUACACUCCCAUUAUUAUACUCAUCUACUCUCAUAUUAAAUAUCAGACAAUUUGACUGAAAAAAUUAGAUAUACACCUUCUUUUUACUUACAAUUUCCCAUUGGAAAUUACAUUUUGUGUGAUAUUGGUCUUCUGUCUACAGCAUGGUUGAAGAUUUGGAGCAAUAAACCUUAAUGAUUUGACCGGUGUGAACAAGAGUUAAGGCCUAUUUAGAUGGGUCUGAUGUUAAAAAUGCAAAUAUAAACUUUUGUAACCUCUUUCCAGCAGUGGUAUAGAUGACAUUUAUCUCUCAGUGAUACUUUCUAAAUGCUUCUUUGUGAACUAAGGAUGACCCAUUUGAAUCACAGCCGGAUUUCAAUCACAAAUUAACUAAAAUUACACCAAAUGAAGUUCACUAACAAGCUAUAAUAUUUCAGAUCAAGGGGAUUCUGUAAAAUACUCUAACAAAAUGUGGAUGUAAUCUUGAACAGCUUCGAUGUCCUUCAAUUAUUUAUGUAGUGUAGCAACUAUAUAUUUUAAUGUUUACUUAACAUGUUAUAUUUAAAGUACUAAAAAAAAGUUUUUAAAUGUGGUUUGAAAGACAAUUGUACAUAACACUAAAAACUGAAUAUCUGAUGGUGUUAACUUUUGACAAUUAAAUAUUUCUAAGUCUA